GCCUGACCUGCAGAGAGAAGCGUUCUCGUCUCGUAUCAAACGGGAUUGAUUUCCUAAACAAACACGUCCUCUUCACAUGGUGCCAUCGCGUCAGCGUUAUCAGAUGAGAAAGCGGAAGCUCUGUAGCGGUCACCAUCAGAGCAGCGGCUGUGUUUAUUAGUUAUUAUUGCUCAUAUGACCGCCUGCUCCGUCAGGUCUGAUCAUGUCUGAUUUCGAGGAGUUCGAGAAACAGCUGCACGAGAAUCGACAAGAGCGAGAGCGGGAGAAGCACAAGCGAAGGAGUCGCAGUAGCUCUGCUGGUCGCAGUAAGAAGCAGCGCAGCUGGAGUAAAGACCGAAGCAGUCGCAGCAGAGGAAAGCGCAGCCGCAGUCGAGAGCGUAAGAGCCGAGACCACAGGAGCAGCUCCAGAGAUCAUAAGAAACACAGUUAUUCUCCACGCCGAACAAGGAAGAAAAAGGCAUGCAAGUAUUGGGACGUUCCCCCUCCAGGCUUUGAGCACAUCACUCCAAUGCAGUACAAAGCCAUGCAAGCUGCUGGGCAGAUCCCCAGCAUUGCUCUACUGGCUACAUCCACUAAUGCUGGUUUGGCAGUUGCUCCCACACAAGUGCCCAUCGUUGGCAGUCAGAUGACCAGGCAAGCGCGGCGUCUGUAUGUUGGCAACAUCCCCUUCGGUGUCACUGAGGAGUCUAUGGCUGAAUUCUUCAAUACUCAGAUGAGACUUGCAGGACUGUCUCAAGCUCCCAGCAAUCCUGUGCUCGCUGUGCAGAUCAACCAGGACAAGAACUUCGCUUUCUUAGAGUUUCGAUCAGUGGAUGAAACCACUCAGGCCAUGGCAUUUGAUGGCAUUAUCUUUCAAGGACAGUCGCUGAAGAUCAGACGUCCACAUGACUAUCGCCCUCUGCCUGGCAUCUCUGAGCAGCCUGCUUUUCAUGUUCCAGGUGUUGUGUCCACAGUUGUGCCGGACUCCCCUCAUAAACUCUUCAUUGGAGGUCUGCCAAAUUAUCUCAAUGAUGAUCAGGUUAAAGAGCUCCUGACAUCAUUUGGUCCUCUCAAAGCCUUCAACCUCGUGAAAGACAGUGCCACAUCACUGUCCAAAGGCUAUGCUUUCUGUGAAUAUGUGGAUAUCAGCGUCACUGACCAGUUGUACUGUUUUGCUCAGGCGGUAGCUGGAUUACAUGGCAUGCAGCUCGGCGAUAAAAAGCUCAUCGUCCAGCGAGCAAGUGUGGGAGCCAAGAAUGUCAAUCCUACCGCUGUUGUAGAGACGCCCGUCACGCUCCAGAUCCCAGGACUGCAGAGGGUGCAGAACUCAGGCCUGCCGACGGAGGUGCUGUGUCUGCUGAACAUGGUCAUGCCGGAGGAGCUGCUGGACGACGAGGACUACGAGGAGAUCCUAGAGGACAUCCGUGAGGAGUGCUGCAAGUAUGGCACUGUGCGCUCUAUCGAGAUCCCCAGACCUGUGGAUGGUGUCGAGGUGCCAGGCUGCGGGAAGAUAUUCGUAGAGUACGUGUCUGCUGCAGAAUGCCAGAAGGCCAUGCAGGCACUAACAGGACGCAAGUUUGCUAACCGCGUGGUGGUCACGAAAUACUACGAUCCAGACAUGUAUCACAGACAUGAGUUCUGAGGACAGACACUGAUCAUCUGGAGAGAGACCGAAAGAGCUGUUUGUGCCAUCGGAGUGUGAAGUUUUAAUGAUCUGUAUGUAGUUUUACACUUAUUAUCUUCUACUUUCACUUCUCAGUUUCUUUUCUGUAUUGAAAUAAAAAAAAAAUAGAUUUGAGUAGCCAAGUAGGAGAUAUUUUUAGACAUCUAAUACAAUGAAACAGUGUUAAGCAAUCUCUUCCAUGUGAAGGGACGUUCAUACGUACAGUGAUUUACACUAACGAAGUGACCAGAAAUCAGUAUUUCUUAAAUGUAAAUUGGCAAUUUCCAGAAGCAAGCAAUUGACAGGCAACAUCAUGUGAUGUGUGCGAAGAAAGAAAGGUUUAGUUUUAUGCAAAAAACUCCACUGUUAGGAGUGAAGACGCUAGACUUUAAGUAAUAUUUGAAUCAUUUAACCACACAUGCACGUUCACGGUUCUCUGAUGUUUGUUAAUGGUCACAUGACAUGCAGGUAAACUAAUUUUCUAUUUUUAGAGUUCAAGUGUUUGACCUUGAUUUUUUUUUUAUAUUUAAAUCAUUUUAUUAUUCAGUUAAUUUAAUUAAUUAUUUGCUUUUCAUCAUGAAGUUCAUUCACAAACCUCAAAUUGGGAAACCCUGGCAAACUGUUAUGUUUAAUACACUUCAUGAUGUUGAUAACAAAGAAUGGAAUAAGUUUUCUUACGAGUUUGGAAAAAGUAAUCUAAAAGUAGUCAGAAUACAUUAUCUAACACGUGUAAUCCAAUGGAUUACAUUACAAACUACAAUUUACGUUAUGUAAUUUGUAUAUAGUAUACAUUAUAUGCCCCUCUAAAAAUGAUAAAUUGUCCAUUUAUACUGACAUCUUAUAUUUAACUAGCAGUUUCCAUCACCAUUUUCAAAAACCACUUGUGCUUCCCAACAGUAACUUUGGGGCAUUGAGUAGGAACCCCAGUGUAAGCACAAAUACUGCCACUCGAUGACCUCCAGUGAUGAAAUCGCUGCAUGUGUGAGGGUGAACAAGUUUUUGUCCUAGGCAGCUGCAACCAUCAGCGGCAUUAUAUGACAAAACAUUUUGUUGGCCCCGCCCACAGUGAAAUCUCAUUGGUGCAAAAUCCUGCAUCUUAUAGCUGCAUUUGAACCAUCAAUUUUGUUCUAACUGGCUGUGAUUUUGGAGCUUUCUGAGGACAGAAAUGUUACUUGAUAUCUUAAACUUAUGUUGUGCCUAGUUAGAACAAAGAAUAUCAAAAUAGAUAUAGAUGUAGAAUAAGACUGUGAACAACACUUAAAAAAAAACAUAAUUCACAGAGACUUGUUUAACUCUGACAUGUGCUUUUGAAAAUAGACAGUGACUGAGUUUUAUUAUAACAAAGCUUCUGCUUCAUACCAGUGACAGCUUAUUAAUGUUUUAAUGAGGAUCAGUCUCACAAAAUAUGUCUUAUUUCAAAAAACUUUUUCAUAAAGUAAAUGAAUCCUUUAAUUAGUCGAAGUACUUUUUUAUAAAUAGACUGUUGUUUUUCUUUCCGCAUUAUCCUGCCGAGAAUAUUAUUUUUUUCUAAAGGUGAUAAGAAUUGAGGGUUAAAAUGUUUUGUUAUCAUCAAUGCCAAAAAAUGUUUUUUUUUUUUUUUUUUUAUAUAAAGUAUUAUUUUAUUUUGGGGCUGAAAAAUUAUCCAGAUUUCAUGAAAUUCACCCUUAAAUUGUCAGUGGUUUUGAAAUACUGCAAAUAGAUACAGUAUAUUAAUGCUGUAAAGCUGCAUAUUUGCACAUGUGCUCAUGUGUUUCCUCUAUAUAUACUUCAGGUUCGACGAAGGAAAUUUUCUAUUAUGUUUCAAGAUUUCUUAAAAACAACAUAGGGUGCUUUGGACAGCUGCUCCUGCCAGAAUGUAUUUGUUCUCAUUGGUGAACUGCAAAAAGGUUGAUAUUUCUUCAAAGAUGUCAGAAAUGAUUACAUUUGACAAGAUAACACAGUCUGCUUCUCCUAUCAUGAAGAAAGCAAAAGCCCUGACAGAAAUGCUUACAUUGUGAAAAUAUGAUCUGACACAACAGAAAUUCUGUUCCAAGUUUUCUCUAUUUCUCAAUCUUAACAACCCAGUGUGUCAGAUGAUGACUUACACAACAAACCCGUCAUUUCACAUUCAGCUAAAAUGUGCUUAAAUAGCUCAGUUUCUAUGGCUAGUGCUGCCUCUGCCUUGCCUUCAAUAAAUGACAUGCUCUUUAGUGCUGUCUGUUACUCUGUUGUCCUUGUAGGAUGUUUCUGAUCUUGCUCCAGUCACAUACUUUGGUAUGGAAUAACAUG